ACUGCGUAGCGAAGCGACAGCGACAACAGCAUCAAACUCGAAGUCCGCUCGUUACAUCGAUACUAUGGUAAGCACUCACCAAGCAGGAAACCACUAGUUACAUGCCUCUGCUGUCCGCUGCCAAGGCGGUUCAGCAUGCUGUAGCGAUGACCCAAGCCCACCCUGCCUCGAUGGUAGUGGUGCUGAGCAAAAUGGCUUGAGCUGCCUCUCAUUCUGUCGAAAGAUGAUUUGAAGCAUGCUCUGUAGAGUUAGAACAGUUGGACUGACUGUUCUUCUCAAUGACAGCCUCCUAAAGCUGGAACGAAGAAGGCCGCCCCGGCACCCUAUCCGGGCACCAAGGCUGGCACGAGCAAGAAGCAAGCCAAGAACCCACUCAUCGAGCGCAAGCCUCGCAACUAUGGCAUCGGUCAAGACAUUCAGCCCAAGCGCAACCUCUCGCGCAUGGUCCGCUGGCCCGAGUACGUUCGCCUGCAGCGCCAGCGCAAGAUCCUCAACAUGCGCCUCAAGGUCCCGCCGUCCAUUGCACAGUUCUCGCACACUCUAGAUCGCAACACCGCAGCACAGCUUUUCAAGUUUCUGAACAAGUACCGCCCAGAGACGAAGGCGGACAAGAAGGAUCGGCUGCACCAAGAGGCGACUGCUGUCUCGGAGGGCAAGAAGAAGGAGGACGUCAGCAAGAAGCCAUAUGUCGUCAAGUAUGGCCUGAACCACGUGGUGGCUUUGAUCGAGGCGAAGAAGACCGCGCUGGUGCUGAUUCCGAACGAUGUGGACCCGAUCGAGCUGGUCAUCUACCUGCCAGCGCUGUGCAGGAAGAUGGGUGUGCCGUACGCAAUUGUCAAGGGCAAGGCGCGUCUCGGUACCGUUGUGCACAAGAAGACUGCUGCUGCUCUCGCCAUCACCGAGGUUCGUAGCGAGGACCAGUCUGAGCUUAGCAAGCUGGUCCAGGCCGUCAAGGAGGGCUACAUGGACAAGAAUGAGGAGCUCAAGAGACACUGGGGUGGCGGUAUCAUGGGUGCCAAGGCAAACGCCCGCGAGCGCAAGAAGAAGGAGCGCGCGGAGAGGGAGAUCAAGAUAUAGCGCAUUUACAUUGCGUAGCGGUGUUGUGCUGGCAUUUGGUACCAUAGGUGCCGGUUGCGAUGGAGUUGGGAUGUUGCACUUACUCUACGCAAUCUCUAUAGCGGUGGAGAUCCUAAAACUUUCCCAUGCCACGACACCACUUAUCCUCUCCAACGCGAUGCUCCAGAAAGUGUGUGCAUACGUUGAUUUUGCUCAUGUCCCGCCUACAGCACUCAGGAGUGCAAGGUUGUCGCUCGAGAACGUGCGAUUGAAAGCUGAGAGGAAACACCACCUCCACCCGAGCACG